UAACUUCAGAGCAUAGACGUUCAGGACUCGUCCUACCACCAACACAUCCUUACUUGAAUUUUAUCAAAAAAACACCACUACAAAAAUGAUGAAAAUUACGCUAUUCGCUCUGGCCGCCCUUGCGGUAGCCUGCGCUCAGGAGGCAGCGGCCCCCGUUGCAGCUGCAGCCCCCGCUGUAGAGAUCGUCAAGCAAGUUGACGAUGUUGAUGUUGACAAAUACAACUUUGAGUUUGAGACCAGCGAUGGUACUUCAAGACAGGAGACUGGCGAGUACAAGAACGACACUGAACAGCAGGGUCUGGUCGUGAGGGGAAGCUACAAGUACGUCGCUCCCGACGGCCAGCACAUCGCCGUCACUUACCUCGCUGACAAGAACGGCUACCAGCCCUCUGAAGAAUCUGGUGACAAGGCCCAAGCACCCGCUGCCUCCGCCCCCCAAGCCUAAACUCCCACCAAAGAUGACAUAAGCCCCCAAAAAUAAUUCGCUGACACCAAAUAUUAAUAUUUGAAAGGGAUGUUUGGUUCCCAUAUACUUUAACACUGCCAAAUAAACUUGCAACUGCCUACCAAAGGGUGAAAAUUA